GGAAAGGCGAUCAAGACAAGCGGUGAAGCAGAGGUCUGCGGCGAAGAAGCGUGGCGUAGUAGGCAGGUGGCAGAAGGGGCGGGCGAGGCGUGGAAGGUUAGGCCUGUGGCAGAUCGGCGGCGGCAGAGGCGUGGCAGGUUAGGCCUGUGGCAGAUCGGCGGCGGAAGAGACUCUGUAGCAGAUAUGCGA